AUGAAUCUUAACAAGGACUUGCUCGGCUUCGGCAGCCCAGACACGCUUCCUGUGAUAUCCAUCUCAGCCUCACAGUCCCUGAACGCGUCGGCUGCUCUCAGAGAGCCGAUAUCCACCGGACUCCCGCGUCUGGACGAGACUCUGGAUGACUCUCCUGCUGACCAGCGGCGAUCUGGUGGGAUCCUGCGCGGUCAAGUCACAGAAGUGUUUGGACCACCGGGGGUAGGGAAGACUUCUCUAGCGCUAAGCAUUGCAUCGAAUGCACUCCGCGAUGGCGGAAAAGUCAUCUGGAUUGACACAAGCUCACCCAUCCCAACAUGCCGCUUUAAACUCACGAACCCAGAACUAGACAACCUGAUCUACUUCCGGGCCCCAACACUACCACACCUCCUAUCUCUUCUCGCCCACCCACCAAAGGGCUUCCCACCGGAGGAGACAAGCUUGAUAAUCAUCGACUCCAUCUCCGCUCUCUUCCCAGGCUACUUUCUCAGCGCCGCAGAACUAAAAGACCGACUCACGCAAGGCAAAAUCGCCGACAGGUCCCAGCUCCAGUGGUUAUUGAAUCGCAAGUGGAACGUCAUCAGUGAUGUAGCCACGCACUUGACGCGUCUCGCGGCGCGGAAUAUCGCCGUAUUAGCACUGAAUCAGACUCACACUAAGAUCAAGGGUCAGCCACGCGCGACUUUGCAUCCGCUGGUGGCGGGUGGUACCUGGGAGACGAAUGUGCAAACGCGGAUUGUGCUGUAUCGCGAUUUGCCGGAUAUGCGAUUCGCGGAGAUUAUCAAGAGAGCUGGGAAGACGAUGCCUGUGCGAUUGACGGAGUUGAUUGUUUCGUUUCGCAUUGAAAAUGACGGUCUUCACGAAGUGGAGGAAGCAAAGUCUCCAGAGAUUCUUGAACCAACUCCUAGCCGCAAGCGCAAGGCGGAGAAUGAAGUCGCAGAUAGCCAGGACGAGGACUCUGAAGAAGAGUACGAGUGGGUGGGUGACGCUUUACUAGAUGAGAACUGA